UAUUACUUGCAGUCGGUCGGAGCUCUUCGCCGAAAACAAAACGGAGAGAAGAAUGGGAACAAGAGACAUAGAUAGAGAUCUAGAACGGUUGAUACCGGCAACCGGAUUCUCAGAUAUAAUCGGUGCCCCAUUAUCGCCGUUGCAAUCCGACACCCCUUCGGGGGCUUCUCCUCCCUCUCAUCAUUCAGGCAGAGAGGCAUUAGUUAAAGUCAUUCGCAGCUGGGCUUCAAAAAAGUUCAUUACUGGAUGUGUCAUUUUAUCUCCCAUAGCCAUCACAUUUUAUGUGACUUGGUGGUUCAUUCAACUUGGGGAUGUACUCUUCUCCCCGAUCUACGUUUUUUUGGGAAUUAAUAUAUUUGGUCUCGGAUUCAUAACCUCGAUAACGUUCAUCUUUUUAGUUGGCGUUUUCAUGUCGUCAUGGUUGGGAACUUCUCUUCUCAGUUUGGGCGAGUUUAUAAUAAAGAAGAUGCCGCUCAUGAGCUACAUUUACACCGCCUCCAAACAAAUCAGUGCAGCCAUCUCACCAGGCCAAGGUUCGCAUGCUUUUAAGGAAGUUGCGAUCAUAAAGCAUCCAAGCGUUGGUGAAUACGCUUUUGGAUUCAUAACGUCAACUGUUAUCCUUCAGAAAGCCACAGGUACCGAAGAGCUAUGCUGCGUGUAUGUGCCAACCAACCAUCUUUAUCUCGGUGAUAUGGUCCUUGUGAACUCGAAAGAUAUUAUGAAGCCAAAUAUCUCCGUUCGAGAAGGAAUAGAGAUUAUAAUCUCGGGAGGCAUGUCGAUACCAAAGAUUUUAACAACAAACGACUCGCAACACCUUCGAUCUCCACGAAUUGGGAAGUUUGUUGUUCCACAUGUAUGA